AUGGCAGAGCACAAGGGAUUCGGCGGCUGCGUGUACUCCGCCCUCCGCCACGUCACCACGCCCUACGUCCUGGUGCUGCAGCACGACCGCCCCUGCCUGAGAUCGUUCGACGCCGCCGGGAUCCUCGCCAUCAUGGAGGCCUCGGGUGGCUCGGUCAAGUACGUCGGCCUGCCCACGAAGGCGAGCCUGGCCCGCAGCGAGCCCCACAAUCUGAUGAGCCGGUGGCACAUCGACGUCGACGGGGACAUCAUCGGUCCCGCGGCAAAGGCAGCAGCCGCCACCGUCGGCUACCAGCUGCGGGUCUUGCCCUUCUGGUACGACUCCACGCACAUCGAAGAGAUGCACGCGGAGAUCUGCGCGGCCGCCCGCGCGGGGUCCUGGCGGCAGGCCCACGCGCGCUACGCCACGUGGCUGGCGACGGACGGCGGCGGCCCCGUGGUGGGCCACCUGCGGGGCCGGCGCUACCACGAGGAGGCCCAGCUUGCCCUGCACGGCUGGAGCGGGCUGCAGAGGCGCUGGGCCUCCAAAGUUGGGUCUGUAUAUGGGAGAUUAUUCCCUACCUAG